AUGGCGGAUGAUAGCGUAUCCAUGCCUUGCGGGCGCCGCGAUUUCACCCCGCGGCCCGUCGUCCUGCGUGCCUCCGUGGGAUCGGAUUCUGACAGACUCUCCUCCGUGGUGAAGGAUUGUGGUAAGAAGCUCUCAGGCCUGGAACCUUUCGUCGACGCCGACGAGGCAAAGCGGUUGGCUAAGGAGGCGGAACGGAUGCAGUUUCUGCGGCAGAUGGCACGGAAGAAGAAACAAAACGAUCAGCAGCGGAUGCUGCAAGAUACCGUCCUCGACUUCGACCCCAAGCAAGGUGGCGAGUACUACACCAGAUUUAUCUUCGCCGACCUCACAAAAUUCGAUCUCGAUGAGGAGUCGCCCCUUGGUCCGAUGAGAUUUACUGAUGCUGUCUACAAAAAUAAGGACGACUAUGAGCUGUGUGAGGGACUAAACUUCUUCUCUGUCAGAAUAACCACCUCGGAUGUUGGCUUCCCUAUCAAUGUGUAUGGCACUGUCAUUGCCAAAGACAGUCUGGACAAGAGGUGUGUUUAUCUCUUCUGCCGUGAGAGAGAUCAAUGCCAACUCAUCAACUCUGAGGAUGAAUCUUUGAUCUUGACAGGUCCAAAACGAGGACUCGCAUUGAUAGGUCCAAACUAUGUUGAGAUUGAUUUGAAGAUUAAGGAUCAUCAAGGGCAGGACAAAGAACUCAGUAAAGGAAUGUUAUCUAUUAAUGGCAUAGAACGUCGACGAUUGAAGCAAUGUGUGCUUGAAAGUGACAAUCUUGCUACCAGGCUUAGUACUGUGGAUGUGUUGUACGGAGUUGUUAAAGAUGCAGUGGAGGGUACUAUUACAAUUGAAGUUCUACAAGGAGACUUUAAUGGAAAGAUCACUGCCCACACCACCGGUAUCCUGAACACCAUUGUGCUUUACGAUAGUAAAGUGGCUGGUGGCAUGACUGGUGAUGGUACUGGAGCUAUCAAGCUUUUGCGAUCCAUCGUAUCUGUGUAUGUGAAGGAUAAGCUGAUAAUUGUUGCUGAAACCAGUGACGAUGGUAAGUUUAAACAAACCAUUGAUUUUACUCCCAAGAUCAACGGUAGAGAAGAAGAAGUCAUAACUAUUGGUGUCACUAAGAUUGAUUUUACUCCCAAGACCAAGAUCAACGGUAGAGAAGAAGUCAUAACUAUUGGUGUCACUAAGAUACGGGUGAAGGUUGCUUGGUCGAUAAUGGACUUUUAAGUGAGCUAUUUGCACCUUAAAGGUUUGAUGAUGAGGAUCUGUAUGACUCAGAGUAGCAAUGUUAGGAUCAGUAUAUAUGUAUUGGACCCCUAAAUAAGUAGUGCCUAACGUGUUUAGCCUGUUAUGUUGAAUGAACUAUUGUGUAACUGCCUGCUGUGUUGAACUAUUGUCUAACGUGUUCGGCCUGCUGUGUUGAACUAUUGGCUAACAUGUUGUACAUU